UCCAUACUUAUCAUCAUAGCAAAGCAAACUCAAAUUCAAAUCAAAUUCUUAAAACAUUCCUAAUAGCCUUCUACUACUGCCUACUACUGCCACCUUAUCCUCUUAACCUUCAAUCCUCAAAAGAUUUUCCUUCCAUCCAAACAUUUCCUAAGCCCUUCAAAACAAUUUUUUUCUUCGUGAACAUAAACCUUUUAUUUUUUAUUUUCAAUCAAACAUGGCUCCUGAAAUCAUCACCACCGGUGCAGUGACCUCCGCUGUCACGAAGACCAUGAGCGGACCAAGCCGGGCAUAUGUGACUUUCUUGGCCGGAAACGGAGACUACGUGAAAGGUGUGGUUGGGUUAGCCAAGGGGCUGAGAAAGGUGAAGAGCAAGUACCCACUUGUGGUGGGGAUGUUGCCUGAUGUACCGGAGGACCACCGGAAAAUUCUGGUCGACCAAGGUUGUAUAGUCAGGGAGAUCGAGCCCGUCUACCCUCCGGAAAACCAGACCCAGUUCGCCAUGGCUUACUACGUCAUCAACUACUCCAAGCUUCGUAUAUGGGAGUUUGUGGAGUACAGCAAGAUGAUCUACUUGGACGGAGACAUCCAAGUUUUCGACAACAUAGACCAUCUUUUCGACUACCCAGAUUCAUAUUUCUACGCAGUAAUGGAUUGCUUCUGUGAGAAAACAUGGAGUCACACCCCACAGUACAAGAUCGGGUACUGCCAACAGUGUCCAGACAAAGUCCAAUGGCCAGCGGAGUUGGGUCCAAGGCCACCGCUCUACUUCAACGCCGGGAUGUUCGUGUACGAACCAAGCCUACCCACAUACCACGACCUCCUCAAAACCCUGAAAGUCACACCCCCAACACCUUUUGCAGAGCAAGACUUCUUGAACAUGUUCUUCAGGGACAAGUACAAGCCCAUCCCACCUGUUUACAACCUUGUCUUGGCCUUGUUAUGGCGUCACCCUGAGAAUAUUGAGCUCGACAAGGUCAAGGUGGUCCAUUACUGUGCUGCUGGGUCUAAGCCAUGGAGGUUUACUGGGAAAGAGGACAACAUGCAGAGGGAGGACAUACAGUUUCUUGUGAAGAAAUGGUGGGAUAUUUACGACGACGUGUCGUUGGACUACAAGAACACUGUGGCUGCUGGUGGUUUGGAAGGUCAGAAUGGGACUAACACGGAGAAGUGGAAUCUGCAGCAGCUGUUGGCGGCGUUAAAGGACGCCGGCAAUCUUCGAAAAUAUGUCACCGCUCCAUCCGCCGCUUAGUUUUUUUUUCUUCUUCAAUAUUCAAGGAGAGGAAGAUACUCAUUUUAAGAUUUACAGAUUUUUUUUUUCUUUUUAAAAUUUUUGUUUUGUGUAUAGUUUAUGUCUAGCUUUUGUCUUCCAUGAAUUAUUUAUGUUGGAAGACAUGCUAUUAGAGUGUGAGGACUGGGGGAGAGUCCUAAAUCUGUUUUCUUGUAUUUUAUGUAAGUGAAUAUUUAUUUAAUAUAAAAUAUUUUUGUAAA